AUGGAUAUGAGUAUUGUUUUGCCUGAAGAGUGCAUUUCCCAGAUCAUCUCCUUACAUCCAAGAGAUGCAUGCAAAGUUUCAGGGUGUUCCUGUGUUCAAGUCGUGGAGAUGCGAGAAGUUAGCCCACUUGAUUACCAGGAGAUCCUUUCCAAUUUGGUUUCCUCUUCGGUUAUUUCACCGUCCAAGAGGGAUCUUUUUUUCUACCAUAUCAAAUGGUACUAUGCUUGCACUAGACAAGAGAGUGGAAAAAAAUGUUACAUGGUUGGCAUUAGAGGGCUUUACAUUACAUGGGGAGGAAGAACUGCUGAUGAGAUAUGGCAAAGUGACCAAAGUCUAGGAUUACUUCCAAAUGGCGACUUUGAACAAGGGCCGAAGAAAUCAAACCUUAACAAAACGGUGAUCAUAGGCAAAUACUCGCUGCCCAAAUGGGAAAUAGAAGGCUUAGUGGAGUACAUCUCAGGGGGACCUCAGCCGGGUGGGUUUUACUUUGCGGUGCCUCGUGGUGUUCAUGCGAUAGGGAUCAAAGUAAAGAUAGAGACCAAAAUGUUGUCACCAGAGACAAACUAUGGAUCUUACCUUGUGUUUAAGUUUCCAGAGUUUGGAGAUGGGCUUCUAAAAGGACCUGUACAGUUAAGGAAGAGAAAAGGAAAGCAUAGUGUGUUCUUAGACCCAUCUCAAGACACAGAAGAUGGGUGGAUGGAGAUUGAAAUAAAUGAAUUCUUUAAUGAAAAUGGAGAUGAGGAAAGGGUGAAAUGGCGUGUUUUUUAUUUCUUGGGAUUCAGCGGUAAUGGCGUCGUGAUAGAAGGGAUUGAGGUUAGGCCUAAAAGUGGUCACGCUGAUACGCACAUUUUGUGA